CUCAGGUAUAAAGGAGCGAUGAUCCCUCGAAUCAGGCCUCUUUCAAAUCGGACUGGAGACAAAAUGUCCCACCGAAAGUUUUCGGCUCCGCGCCACGGUUCCCUGGGCUUCCUCCCCCGAAAGAGGAGUCGCCGCCACCGCGGUAAGGCCAAGAGCUUCCCCAAGGAUGACCCGAACAAACCCGUCCACCUGACCGCCUUCCUGGGCUACAAGGCCGGCAUGACCCACAUCGUCCGUGAGGUCGACAGACCCGGAUCAAAGGUGAACAAGAAGGAAGUGGUGGAGGCCGUGACUAUCGUGGAGACUCCUCCCAUGAUGGUUGUCGGUGUCGUUGGCUACGUCAACACUCCCCGCGGUCUGCGUUCCUUUAAGACCAUCUUCGCCGAGCACAUCAGUGACGAGUGCAAGCGUCGCUUCUAUAAGAACUGGUACAAGUCCAAGAAGAAGGCCUUCACCAAGUACUGCAAGAAGUGGCAGGACGAUGACGGAAAGAAGCAGCUGGAGAAGGACUUUGCCGCCAUGAAGAAGUACUGCCAGAUCAUCCGUGUCAUCUGCCACACACAGAUGCGUCUGCUGCCCCUGAAGCAGAAGAGGUCUCACCUCAUGGAGGUGCAGCUGAACGGAGGAACAAUCUCUGAUAAGGUGGACUGGGCCCGCGAAAAGCUGGAGCAGGCUGUGCCCAUCAACACCGUCUUCACCCAGGACGAGAUGAUUGACGUCAUCGGUGUCACCAAGGGUCACGGAUACAAGGGCGUCACCAGCCGUUGGCACACAAAGAAGCUCCCUCGCAAGACCCAUCGUGGUCUGCGUAAGGUGGCGUGCAUCGGCGCGUGGCAUCCCGCACGUGUGGCCUUCUCUGUGGCCCGUGCCGGUCAGAAGGGCUACCACCACCGCACAGAGAUCAACAAGAAGAUCUACAAGAUCGGCCAGGGCUACCACACCAAGGAGGGAAAACUGGUGAAGAACAACGCCUCCACCGAGUACGAUCUGUCCAACAAGAGCAUCAACCCUCUGGGUGGAUUUGUCCACUACGGAGAAGUGACCAACGACUUUGUGAUGGUGAAGGGCUGUGUCGUAGGGACCAAGAAGAGGGUGCUGACUCUGCGCAAGUCUCUGCUGGUGCAGACCAACCGCCGCGCCAUGGAGAAGAUCGACCUCAAGUUCAUCGACACCACCUCCAAGUUCGGCCACGGCCGCUUCCAGACUGUGGAAGAGAAGAAGGCCUUCAUGGGACCACUCAAGAAAGACACAGUCACCAAGGAGGAGACGGCUUAAAGUCCACCAUGACGAACCAGAGAAUCUGCUGCGUCCACUCACCAUCACUGUGUGCAGAUUUAUUUAAUAAAAAAGAAAAUGGUUUUAA